CGGACUCUCACUCUCUCUCUAUGAUGAACAAGCUCCGGAAUUUGGUCUUUUCCCUUAAACUCUGUUCGAUCUCCACCGCAAUCCUUUUUCUCUUUCUCUCCGUUCUCGAUCUAACUCAACAAAUUGAGCACUUGGUGGCCACUGUGUUGAUCUAGAUCCAGGGCUUAUGGGCUUAUUCUUUUUGGGUAUUUCAAUUUGGCUCUUUCCAGUCGUUCCUCUUCCUCUCUCGUGCGAGGUCAUUCAACUCAGAUGCUUUCAAUUCAAUGGCGAGGUCAUUCGUGCGAGUUUCGUUCUGUCCGAGCGCAAUUUCGAUUCAACUCGGAUGCUUUCUCUUCUCUGCUGACGGAGAGUUCGCGUCUUGGGUCAGUUCUCAACCUCUUUUUGCUUGGUUUCUGUGUAGAUUGGAGCAGGCCUCUGGCCUCGCAGGUGUGCGUCUAGUGUGACCGGACAGGUUGCUGUCGGAGGUGAUUGGGAUGGAGAUCGGAGACUGGGGCGUUGGGAUUUCGAUCUGUUUGGUUUUUAUUUGAUGACGGUGGCUGCACGGAGACUGGGUGAGCGGAAGAUGGUGGUGACUGGGUGUGUGGCGACGGUCGGGGAUUCGGAUCCGGCAGUAGGGUUGUUGACCCUCUGGGUUUGGGGAUGGAGACGGUGGGAAUAUAGGCUCGGGUGUUGAUCUUCUUCAUGGAAUUGGGCAUGCGAGCUUUGUGUUUGUGGUGGUGGGUGAUGUGUGGUCAACGACGAUUGGGGUUCGGUAUCGGCGCCAAACAGAUUAUGGAGGAGCCUACAAUCCUGCAGCAGUGUCCAAACACGGUGUACUACAUAUUAUCACAUUAUAUUGGUUUAUUUCUUAUUUUCUUUCCAUUCUACUAGUCGGUCACAGUGUAUUAUUAACAUUCGAGGUGUUGCCGACAAGUUUGAUGGAGAGGAUAACAAUAAAGCAAAUGAAGUCGUCCUGAGUAUUGUUGACCUUACUGGUUCUAUAUUACUUAUAUGUAGUCUUCAUUGGCUCUAACUUUUCUUCUCUUUCAUCCUUGGUGACACCACACACACAUUCAGAUUAGAUAUGGAUGACAUGUGUACCUAACUCAUUGUGUGCUUUUAGUUGUAGCCAUAUAUGCUUAAAUGAUUAAUAUACCAAUUGAUACUGAAAAUCUGAAAUAGGGCUAGACAUGGUCUUUCGAGUCCCUAUAAUAUCUGUUACAAUUGCUUAGGACUAUUGUUACUGAUGCAAUGAUCUUUGGACAGUUGACCAAGUACUUGAGAGACUAUUUGGAAGGCAAGAAGGAGAUGUCACUGAUUUUAACAGUAAAAUCAGGAGAAGAAGAUUAUCGUGAUACAUCGCACCUGCUAAGACAGGCCUCACCUUAUAUGGAAAUCAAGUUUAAUAAUGCUGAAGACCCUUCAAAUAUUCCGAACAAAAGGCAAAUCCAGUCUUUGUCUAGAACUGAGCAGCGCAAAAGAAUGAAAUUAACCGGUUCUGAGUCUUGCGUGGUAUGUCUUGUUUUUGAGUUGUUCACUUAUUUAUAUCAUGUAAUUACAUCUCUGUGUCAUAAUUUAACUGGCAGCUUUAGACUUUUUUUGUUCCAUUAUGCUUCUUUAAAUGAUUGACGUAAGGUUAUUUCACUCCCUUUUUUUUUCCCUGCAAGUAAACUCUGGAUCCUUAUUAAAUUAUUUUGACUGCAUUAAUGUAACUCUGAAGGAUACAUAUGGCUCCUGAUGAUGACCUAAAAUGAUUUCUUCAGGGUUGAUAUUUCCUUAUUGACUUGGUUAUUUAACUCCUUGGUAUGUGUAUAUACGUGCACGCAUUUCCCAAGCUUCUGUUGAAAUCUUUACAUGAAUUCCAGGGCAUGAAUAUAUUCUUUUAAGUUAAAGAAAAUUUUAUUUUCAUAUAUUGGUUUACCUUAUUGUUUUCUUCUUUUUACUGCAUAGCCUUAUUUCCUAAUUAUCUUUUGGCAAUGUCUAAUACUUGCUUGUUUUGUUAUAGCGGCACAAAGAAUCUACAAGGUGGAAUUAAGUAGUGGUUCAAAACCGUGUAAUGUUGACACUGCAGAUGGAGAGAGAAACCAUCAGAUUAUGCAGAGUUUUGCUAAAGCUAUAUGGAAUGUUUUGAAGGAUUACAACAAAAAACUAUAGGUAAUCAAGAGUCUCAUACAUUCAAUUCAUGUAGUUAGUUAGGUAAACUGAUUCCUAUCAUCCAGUUCCUAAUUUUGAUGCCCAUUUGUUGAUCAAGCUGAGGCAGUAUUCAUUCUUUACUUUGGUUCCUUUCCUAACUAGCUCAACUUCCAUCAAUUAUAUGUUCAAAAGAAAACCUACUCAUCUAUCUGGUCAUAAGUAGGUGGCGGAUGAUGAAAUCAAUGUAGUCGGAAUCACAUUAAUGUAAAGCAUCCAUUUUCUUGAAUCAAUGUAGGUCCUGUCAUGGAGGAUUUGAAAUGCGUUGCUGUACUACCAUUGUACCAUAUAUAUGUUAAUGUUAUUCAUUUUGAACCUCCCUACCUUGGAUUUGCUUUAUUCUGAAUCUUUCAACCUGCUUCACUUCUCCAAUUGUUUCUCUAGCUUGUCUUGAACAAAUCUCAAAAACCUUUGUUCUUAUCUUUUUAAGAGAAAAUUUGCAUUGCUUCUGUGUUAUCAUGUAAAGUUGGAAUAGAUAUCUAGAAGGGAAAUUUGUAAUGUUUUUGUCUGUUUCUCCUUUGGUUAUUGUCACAGUGGUCCAGGCAGAGCUGGUAUAUGCACCACACCAUUGCAUUCCCACUUGGUUAAUGAGGGUUUUGCUAAACUGUAGCAUCUUCCAUAUAACAGGAAAGUGACUAAACUGUAUUCCAGGUUGCAGAUGAACUUGUAGCAGAGUUUUCUGACCCUAUCAAUGGUGUCACAUCCCCUGAUCAAAUUGACGAGGUGCGCAUUGAAGUGGCUGAUUAUAUACAGAGUUUGAUGUAGAAAUGUGACUGCCAAGAUGUUUUUUGAGUAAGGCUAGCUAGUUUUGGCUUUGAAGCAAAGCUUGGUGUGGAGCUUUUGUACAUUGUUGCUCAUAUGUUUCCAAGCUAGCUUUUGUAAGUUUAGGGGUUUAUUUUGUGAAUUAUGUUGAAUCAUGAAAUUUGGAAAGAAAAUUAAUGGGAAAGCCCCUUAUUUUGGAUGAUGAGAAAUGCAAUUUUUUUCCCAGCAAUAGCUAAAUGCAAACU